AUGAGGUUUAAAACCUCUCUGAGGAAUAUAAAGACAUUCUCCAAGUUAACGGCGUCUCUGGCGACCCUGGGGAAGAUUGCCUGGGUCAGGCUGGAUGAUGAAAAUGUGCGGUUCACUAUAAUCCCCGAGCAGGGAUCGCAGGUCUGGGCCUGUAUCUCAAUUGACUCUCUCUUCUACGAGUACUCAGUCCAAUCGCGCAUCGAGAACAACACCAUCAACAUAGAGCUUCCCCUGGCACCUCUCCAAACAGCCCUCAGAUCCGCCGAAAAUGCCACAUCCGCAUCCCUGCGCCUUACCAAGAGAGAUGGCGACGCGAUCCUGUCCCUGACAAUCAUCACCAACACCGUCAGCGCCGGGAACACCAAUGGCUUCCUCCGCAACCGUCGCGACGACGACCCCUUCGCCGACGACGACUUCCACGAAGAGAGCCUCGACUCCCGCAGCGCCGCCGAGCGCGAGACCAUCGUCACCCAGGAAAUCCCCAUCCGCGUCCUUUCCCCCGAGGGCGUGGAAGGGAUCCACGAGCCUAAAGUGCGGGACUCGGAUGUGCACAUCCUCCUGCCGCCGCUGCUGCAACUCAAGGCCAUUUCGGACCGGUUCACGAAGCUCGCGUUUGCGACGACGACGAAUACGGCGGCGGCGGUGAAUAGUACUGCUAAUACGCCAAAGUUGGAGUUGAGUGCGAAUAUGCAUGGGAGUUUGAAACUGAGUAUUACGACGGAUGCGCUGAAUAUUGAGAGCGUGUGGAAUGAUUUGACGAAUCCGGAUUUGGAGCCGAAUCAUAUUGAGGGGGAUGUGGAUGAUUUGCCGACGGAGAAGAUGAGGGCUGCGGGUCCGGAUGCGUGGGCGACGGUGAGGAUUGAUGGGAAGGAUUGGAGUCGGGUUCUUAGUGUGGGGAGGCUGGGUGGGAAGGUUAUUGCUUGUUUUGUGGACAACCAUGCGUUGAUCCUUUAUGUGUACCUGGCGAACUAUGAAGACCCCGAGGCAAAAGAAUCUGUCCUCACGCUCAUAUGCUCGCUGAUGUUUGGAGGCUUCAACGCUUGCAUCUACCUCAAGAUGCCACCAAAAAGAUGCAUCGAGGAUGUUGAUCCCGCAGUCCGAGAGGCUGUAAAGCGGAUUCGAAAGCUGACAUUUCAUGACGGAGCAACAAUUGACGGUUGUCUUGAAGCAUACUUGAAGCAUCAAGCCAUCGACCCAGCAGUCAAAUCUCUCAAACACCAGCGUCAGCACAGAGAUGCCGCCAGGUUCAGAGAACGCAUGGAGGCCGCCGCCACGAAGACGCUGUAUGAAGCUGCCGGACUACCAGAGCCCAGCCCGGAUGAUGAGGAGGCGAAAAAGCCUUGGUAUCUCGCGGAUGAUAUGGAUUUGGGGGAGGAUGAAGAGCUCGUGGAGAAAAUGGAUUCAGAUGUGGAGGAUAUGAUAACAGGCGGCAGAGUGGAGACAAGGCAAGGCAAAAAUCCCACCACGUCGGCACGAGGACGAUCCGAUGGGUUCAAUCCCUCAGUAUACUUCACGCCGUACUCGGCGAUAAAGAGAGACGUGUUUGAUAGAGUUAUUCCGGGAUUGGAAACAUACCAGCAGCCAUCUGAGGAAGAGAAAACAGCAGCCACAUUCAAAUCGCAUGCAAUCCUUAAGGCAGCCUUCAAAACACACCCCCAAGAGAUAAUGCAACGCUUGAGCGACGCGGAGUUCAUGACCUUUGGGAAAUCCAACGAGCGUAACUUCCCAAGUGUGGACAAGGAAUCAGUGGAUAGGUUCGGCCGCGCCACUUUCAACUUUACGAUGGCCUUCCCGGCUACGACUCUCGAUAAAACUAUCAAGGGCACCGUGAUCAAGCUUAAAUCACCAGCUAAAGAUGGCACUACAAAGCUUCGAGUCAUGAACGUCUCCGCUAGCCCCCUUUGGUCAGGAAGGACUGGGCUCCACACCCAGCCUGACAGAAGAUGCCGAAUGAUACAACUCAACAGGCUCUCGCUCGAGGAGAUCCACCUUGGGGAUUACUACGCCCACGCAUUUCACCCAGUCGCCCCCCACCAGUUCCCGCGCUUUGCCGAGCUCCCGGUUCUCGUGCAAGACCUGAUAUGGGAGUUCUCCUUUGAAUCGCGCGUCGUAGAAAUCCAAUACGACCCAAAGUUCACGCGCAUUUGGUCCCCGACGAAGUGGCCAGCGCAGAGCCUCGCGUGCAAACAAAGCAGCGCUAUUAUGAGGCGCGUGUACGAGAUAUCACCAUUCGGCGAUGCGACGGCCAGGAGGGGUCUUUUGUUCAACUUUGAUAUCGAUGUGUUAUUUCUCACAUUCGAGAAGAGAGACCUUGUUAACAGGGAGGGACAGGUGCCGCUGCGCAUCAAGAAGCAAUCCAAGGUGGUGGUGUCAUUUCUGCAAUCACUCCCUCCAGCUCAGCUUCCGAAAAUACUCCACCUGGGACUUGACAUGCAGACCUGGAAAAUGAUUGAAUACGACAUGUACCAGCUCCGGAGGAGAAGACACAAGGUCCGUGGUCAAGAAAGGUUCAUCCUCCCGAUUCUCACUGGAUUGAUGAGCUUCCGGAUCAUCGAGAACUACAAUGUGGGGUGUUGGCGGAUAAACAGACAGAUGGGCUUUGAGGCGAUGUCUCACGAGAAUCUGGUGGCCCGGCAAUGUCCACCCAGAGAUCUGGCUGUGGACAUGAAUUCGGUCCGUUUUGAUAUUUCAGAGUUGAUGGCAGGACGCCCCGCACAGCCCGACGGUACACAUCCGUGUUGGUGGAGUGGGUCGGGGGUAAUGUGCAUGACGAGGGUGGCUCGCUGA